AUGAAUACGACAGUUAUAGAGAGUCUGGAAUACAAUCGGAGAUUAAACAGCAACACAGCAUCGCGCGUGAGUGUCAGCCCGUUGGACUGGAGUCGGGUGGCACAGCUGGAUGCGAGUGACAGGUACGACGUUCUCAUUGGCGCUGACCUGCUGUACUCGGGCUACAAUGUGGUGCCCGACCUUUUUGAUAUCACCUCUGAAAUAUCAGAGAAUGGGAUCGAUCACGGCAACUUCGUGCAGAUAGCAAAGGUGAUCGACUGUGUGCUGAGUGGGAAGGGCAAUGCACAUCUGUUCUGUCGGGUACGCGAAAAUGAAGAAGAGUUUGAUUAUUUCUAUGAGGAGCUCGCAUCGCUAGGCUUCCAAACCGAUGUACGAGCAGUCGAUGUACAAGUGUGCAGUGCGGCAGUAGAUGCGAAAGAGUACCCUUUCGUUGUCAAGCAUAUACACGCAUAUAGACAAUCGUCGUUAGAUCCAUAG